GGUUACGCCGCGCCCAUAACCCAUUGCCAUCGCCCAUGCAGAUUGGGCCGCGGGGCGCUGCCUGCGUGUCGCCCCCCAUACCCCCAACCUGCCGCGACGCGAAGCGGUCGCGCGGCUGCGCUUUACGGCAGCGCUGGGCCUUCUUUUUGGCGUUGCGCUUUUCGACGCAGCCGAAGAAGGGCGUACGUGCUGUACUCGCUUAACUCGCCGCUUCUGGUGCUUCGCGACCUUUGCGCCCAACGAUCUACGACACUACGAGGGCUCGAGAUGACCGCAAAGUUUGUCGCGCGCGCGCGCACGGCGUUGCGCCGUCAUCGCGCGCAUCAUCACGCGUAGCUCCUCUCUUGUCAUGAUGCACCCUCGUGUACGCCACAAACACGUGGACUACAGGACAGGCGAAGUGUCUCUGACAACUUCGAAGAGAGGCGCGCGCGAGCUAGUUUACUUCACGCGAGGUCGAGAUGGCCGUGCCCCCUUUUCAUUUCAGACCGAUUAUGUGCCUGUGAUGUCAGUUUGUUGCGAGCGAGUGCGCGUGUGUGUGAUGGGGCGCGCUUCGCCUGCUAUGUACCCGCUAGCAUACUGCUUCGCCGGAGUCUCUCCGCCACGAAACCCGUUUAGUAAGAAUAAGAAUUGG